AAGAAGAAGAAGAAGAAGAAGAAGAAGAAGAAGAAGAAGAAGAAGAAGAAGAUGAUGAUGAUGAUGAUGAUGAUGAUGAAGAUGACGAUGAUGAAGAGGACAGUGACGAGGACAGUGACGAGGACAGUGACGAGGACAGUGACGAGAGGCCCAGAGUCCCACAUCACCCACUAUUCAUCGUCCUGAGAGGCCACCCACGCAAGCCCCUUCCAACCACCGCCCUGACCCACGAACACGAUAAGGAUGAGGGAUACGAAGAAGACGAUAGCGACGAAGAGGACGACGACGAAAUGGUUCUCUUCCUUCCAUUCAUCACGGAGAAUGAAGACGAUGAGAAGCUAAUAGGACACAUCAAAAUACCGUCUUCCUUCAUCCCAGAUCUGACGAGGAUGGAAGAUCUUCAGCCCAGGAGCCUCACUGACACACUAAAGGGCUUCGUGAGUGACCUUGACGCCCCCGAGAGUGACAGGUUCGUGAGUCUCCUUUCCCAGCACGUGCAGAACUUAGGCGACGAAUACGAAGACAGCAGCAGCAGUAGCGAGGAAUCUGAGGAAGAUGAUGAAGAUGAGGAGGAGGACGAAGAAGAGGAGGACGAUGAUGAGGGUGGUGAGGAAGAGGACGAAAUGGAGGAAAACGAUGGUGGAGUUACGAGAUACUUCAAGAGAAAGGACCUUCCACCUCUAGUCAUUCGAAGGUUCCCGCGACUUCGUUCACGAGGCAAGAUUAUACUUCGGCGGCCCCUCCAGCCUGGCACACCCAAGAUCCAGGACGAUGAAGAGUCCAAACCCUCCUUCAUCUCCCUCGUGCAGAGAAGGCCGACAGCAAAACCUUCCUCCGCCAGGACAGCCCCGCAGGUCAUAAGGAACCAGGAGCAAGUCAGCAACGCUAUAUCCCCGAUGGUAACAAGGAGCCGCUCUCCCCCAGCUGACCCUGUAUCCCCUGUGGCAACGAGAAGCCGCUCUCCUCCAGCUGAUUCUAUAUACCCACCCCCAGGAGUAACAAGAAGCAGGCAGUCCCCAUCUGACGUUACAUACUCUGUAGUAACAAGAAGUCAGUCCCACACUGACAAAAAACCGUCCGUGGAAACAAAUAGUCGGUCUUCCACUGACGCAAAUCACAGAGGUAUAACAAGGAGCCAUUCACCUACUGACAGAACGUCCCCAGUGACAAGAAACCAUUCACCCCCAAUUGAUAGGAAACCUUCAGUGUCAACAAGAAAACAUCCCCCACCAGUGUUAACAAGAGGCCACUCAUCCCCAGUGUUGACAAGAGGUCACUCAUCCCCAGUAGACAGGAAAUCCCCAGUGGUAACAAGAAAUCAUCCUCCCCCCGUGGACAGGACACGCUCGGGGAUCACCGGAAACCAACCAGCUUUUGGUGACAGAAUAUCCCCAGCGGUGUCACGAAACCAGUCGCCCCCAGCCAGCAGGACAAGCCCCGUGGCAUCGAGGAAACUACCGCCCCGUCAUCUGUACAACGUAAGGAGUUCUGCCGCGAGGUCCCUUGCAAACGAGAAGUCAUCGACGUUCCCACACACAGCCAGGUCCGCCUCCACGUGAUAAUGAAUCUAUUUAUAUACUUAACUUAUUUAUUGGUGUAGAGGAAGGUGACGAAAUGAAUACUGCGUGUAAACAUAAAACUUGCGUAAAUGUAUUGUGUACGUAUUGAAGUGUGUAUGUUCCUCUUGCUGGUUUCUAGACAAUAUCCAGCAGAACAAGACAGGAUUAAAAGCUUACAAAAUCUGAAUUGCAU